GGAAAAGGAGAUGGGGGGUUACGCCAGAAUUACCACACGCAGCCUUCUCUCACCUCCUCUCCCCCAGAAACGCCGCCGCCUCCUCAUCUCGUUUCUUUCAGCUGCCGCCAGAUCUAGGAAGCCACCGGGAGGAGAACAACCCGCCAGACGCCACCCCCGUCGACCUAACCCGCAUCUCCCUCGCGCCCAUCGUCCCCUCUUGGCGCCCCCGCCUCUCCUCUCCCCCAUUCUCCUGCCGCAUUCCAUCCCCUGCUCCUCCGCCGUUCGAGUUGAGUCGUUGCUGCAGAGAGCGCCGCCUCCACUCUCCCAGGCCUUCUCCCCAUCCGCGACGUCGGCACACGGUGCGGGCAAGCUGUGGCGUGUCGUCGCCGUGCUGGGUUGGCCGGCCGGUGCCGCGCGGAUCCGGUUGGACGAGGUCGUUGGCGACCUGCCGCGGGAGGGGGACAGCGGGAUCUGCGCCAGGAGGUCCAGGGCACGCUGCUGCCGCUCGUGCAGCAGAACGACGGCCUCACCGACGCGUCCGGGGAGAACUGCGUUGGCCUGGUCUUGUAAUGGGCAGGUGAAGUCAUUUUUAUGGGAUGCAAUAGUUCUUCAUCCACUUCCACGGCCCCAAAAACACUCUCAGUUUUGCUGAUUUGGUGUGAUGGAAUGUAAAUAUCGAACAGCAGCAGCCCUCACCCGAGGCGCAGAGCAGCCAGAACCAGUGAUGAUCGUGAGAUCCUGCUGACGAUGAUGGAGCUUCUUAAUCAGUUGGAUGGAUUUUAUGAGCUUAGCAAGAUUUUUGGAAGGUUGAAGGUGGAAUCGAACUCCGAGCUCGAGGUUGCGCUGGUGCAGUGGUGGCUGCGAUCGGACCCGAUCUAGGAAAAAUCUUCCUCGUUUUUGGUCUGCAUGGCGAUGAUCUGUUUCUUCAGGAUCAGCUCGUUGCUAGAGCCGGCUCGGGACGCCUCCUAGACGACGACACGAGCUUGAAGCGAGCGGAACACUGAAGGAGGAUCUCGGGGAUGAAGGAAGCGUCAGCGACGACCUCAGGCGAGAGGUAAUACUAGAGCUUCCAGCCUCCUCAGGCUGGCGUGGGAACAUCAGUAAGGGCUUGGAGCCUGUCAAAGAGGAGGCAAAGAGGACACUGCUGAUGAAACAUGAGGCCGAGACUAAAACAAAUGCCUAUUGGCUCAGUUUGCUAACCCAUAUGCAGUCUGCAUUCGUGCCGAGAAAGGUAUUCUAUAUGUGAGGCUUAUAAGUGCAUAUUCUAUGGGAAACUAGAACAGAAAUAAACCAACUCUCCAAAGCCUGUUUUCAUGGACACUCCGUGUGCAUUGUCCGUGUGCCACUUCUACUGUGGUGAACUAUACGUAGUUACUCUGACUAGAUUUUCUUGAUGCAAGUUUUCUAGACGAACUUUUGAAAGCCUGCUGACCCACGACCAUCUCGAUGAUAGUUAUGAUCACAUAAUUCUGGGUUGAGAAGUUUGUUGAUAUAUCAAAAAGUUCCAGGGGUUGCCAUAUGAGUAACUGAAGGAAAAUAAAUAAAAUCUAUGUUCUAUGCUCUUGGUUAUACUCCACCUGGCUGCAAGUAUAAUCCUUUGGCUUGGCUGACAGUUGAGCAUGCACGUAGGGCAGUCAGUAUGUUUACUGAAUUAAGUAUAACUAAACCUUCCGCUUUUCUGCCCCCCACACCACCACCACCACCACCACCAAAGAAAACACAAUAAAUGCAUAUGAAGAUAAUACUGACAUGGCGAGGAAUCUUCCUCUGUAAUUCGGGCUCUAGGGCUUUUCUUGACCAUGCUGUAUACACGAAAUUUUUAACAACAGUUUGCUUUACAUGUAUUUGCUAAUGUAUGAUUAAAUCUGUAUUAGUUGUAUUUUUUAGCGACAUUAUUAUUUGUUGGAUCCCAAUCCAUAUUUUAUCCUUCUUUAGUCUUUUUACUACUAUUUUCCAUACUUGUGUCAUUUACUCUACCAUUGUUUCUUCACUGGCCACACCCGUGCUGGUGCCGUCGCUCACGCUCCACCUGAACAGCGGCAACUAGGAGCUGCCGCGUGGGAACUACGUGUUCGAGGAGCAGGUCAUGUGCCUGGUGCUAGACGUGAUGGCAUGGGAUCAGACCGUCAUUACCAACUACCAGCAACAGAACGCGCAAGUCGUCUACGGCCUCGGCAUGACGUGUUGCCCUUUGCGCUAGCGUAGUGCAACAAGCUUGCAGCGUUGCUAUAUUAUUUUGUAAAGAGAUAGAACUUGUAGUACUGAUCAUGUGAGAUGCGCCGAUGUGGUAGGCAACCAUCUUUUUUGAAUGAAAUGUAUUUUAGAUUGUAAAGCUGACCAAAAAGAGCUGUUGAAUGGGCGUUAUCCUACCUGCCACCGCACAAACUUCCUCUCGGAAGGCGCCACAGGUGGCGCCCCAACCACUAGUAAUGUACAAUAGCCGAGCAACCAUGUGCUACCACCCGUGUGGAUCCAUCACUGAUGCUCACAUUAUAUCUCCCCACAUGUCUAGAGAACUAGGGCGGCAAUCGCCGCCACUGCUGGCCGGUUAGGCAGGAUCUAUACUAUUGUUGACCAUUCGCCGCCGCAUGUGGCUGCAAAUGCAGCCACUACACACCUGGAACAUCACAAAGGAGUCAGGGGCGGAGUCAGGAUUGGGCCAAGCCCCGGGGCCCAGGCUUGCUACAGUGCCCUAGUGUCGCUACACUGAACACAUCGUUUGUUCUUCACGCCCCAGGUCCAGCCCCCCGGGCCUGGGUCUUGGAUCCGCUACUGACUAGAGUUACAUAUACACUUGAAUCCUAUAGGAUUAAGUAGAGAGUGUUUGAUGCCACAACGAAAACAAAUGAAUUGUAAAAAAAGGAUUGCAAUGGAUGCUAGAUUUACUAUGAGAUGUAGUACACAUGAGUUCUUAGAAAAAAAUCUUAUAGGAUCCAAUACUAUGAACCAAACGACCAAUGCUGGAAAAAAUCCUAAGGGUUCCUGCGAAUCAUAGGCAGAGCAGCCCUCCGAGGUAUGUGUGAUAUGGAACUUGGAACCGUUGAGCCCCACAUGACAUGCCACACCAUCAAAAGAAAAGGGUACUAGAAUACACUAGCAAGUGGCAAAAGCUUCAAAGCUGGGUCACUCGAUUUGAUGCGCCGGCCUGACCCUCCCCGGAGCACAACUUCAUAAAAACCUCCCUCCCGCGCAACCUGGGAGAAAGGGUAACCGCUCCAACAAAGGCUGCCUGCCAAUAGAUCAAGAGCAUCUCCUCCUCCCUCUCCUACCCCCUCCAAAGAAAAGCAUCUCUCGCGGCAUAGAAUAGAUUCAUCCACACGCAUACCUAGCCUCGAUCUUAAACUACAGUGGCUUGUGGGUUUUCUCCGCCGCCACGCCAUGGCUUCCCUGCCUCUUCUUCCUCAGGUCCUCGUCCCCUUCCUCGUGCUGCUCUGCCUCUCUCCGGCCUGCGCUGCCCGGAGGGUCUCGGUGGCGGUCUACUACGAGACGCUGUGCCCGUUCUGCUCCGGCUUCGUCGUGAACGAGCUGGCCAGGAUCUUCCGGAACGGCCUCUCCUCCAAUGUCGACCUCCGCCUCGUCCCUUUCGGCAAUGGGCGCUUCUCGCCCGACGGGUCCAUGACCUGCCAGCAUGGGGAGGAUGAGUGCCGACUCAACGCGAUACAAGCUUGCGUUAUCAGUGUCUGGCCUGAUGCGGAACGGCAUUUCCCUUUCAUAUACUGCAUCGAGCAUUUGGCCCUGACUCAGAAAUGGGGCGCGUGGCAGUCGUGCUUUCACGAAACUGGUCUGGCCUCUCAGCCUGUCUUGGACUGCUACAACUCAGGAUACGGCAGGCAGCUUGAACUCCAGUACGCGGCAGAGACGAAUGCUCUCCAGCCCCCACACAAGUUUGUGCCUUGGGUGGUCGUGAACGGGAGACCCCUUGGCGAUGAUUACACCAAUUUUGAAGCCUACGUUUGCAACGCUUAUGACGGCGAACUUCCAGAGGCAUGCAGGGGAAAGCACCUGCAAAUUGCUCAGCACAAAAGAGCAAGCCCAGGACACAAGAGGAAUCCAAGAGAGAUGGCCAUUGUACUUGCUUUUUGCAUUGCUCUGUGGUUCUGAAGCGAUACUUCAUCAAGAUUAACCCGAACUUUUUCGGAGGCAGGUCAAGAUAGUCCACUAACAAAUAGCAGUAGCUGCAUAUAUUGAAACGGGAAAUUGUACAUCCUUUAAAAUAGUUAUUAUUGCUUUCAUUUUAUGCAAAAAGGCAGACGCUCUGUUCAAUUCAUUAUUAAGAUAGGAAAAUGGGAGAAUGAGCAGAGUUAUUUACUAAA